AUGUCGGAAAUAGGAGUACGUGCUGGUCUAUCGCGACCAUUUACUAAUGGCACAUUUCAGAUGCGUUUAAAUCAGUUUGAGGAUUUAAUAAGAGAUUUGACCUAUCAAGAUGCUGAAGCCACAGCUGAGGAACGACGUCACAUGAUCACAGAAAAUGUUCGCUAUGAUCAGUUCUGUGAGAAGAUACGUGAGAUAUUUGGAGCUGAUAUCAAAAAUCAAGAUCUCAAAGCAACUUAUAGAAAAAUCUCUACGAAUCCAGAUGCCAAAGUUGACUGGAGCGAGCUGUUCGGAUAUUUCCAAUCUGCUGUAGAAGAAGAAGAGAUUAUUGUUGGAGAAGAAGUCAGUGUUUUUAUGGUUUCUAAGCGAAGGAGAGUUGGAGAUGCUGCAGGUGAUAAAAAGAGAAGAGAUUGUGUACAGAGUAUUAAGUAUUCACCAGCUAUAGAUUCUUAUAUCAUAGCUUCUCAGAAAGGAGCCGUUUCUGUGUGGAGUAGCAAGGAAUCAGUCUGGGUGACAGGAUGUGAUUAUUUACCUUCUAUAAGAAGAGUUGCUGUAUGUACAGAAAGAUCUAUAGCUAUCUGGGAUAAUAGAUCUAAAGGCAAGGGUGAAAAUGUGUUUAUAAUCAAACCAAUAGAACAUUCACCACAAUGUAUGAUAUAUUUACCACGUACCACUGGACCUCAUGAAGAUACAAUACUAUAUGGUGAUGAUCAGGGCUAUAUCAAUCUGAUGAUAGUAGCAGCUAAAGAUCUUACAAUGAAGAAUGGCAAAGGAGAUAAGAAAAAUUCUCCCAGCUAUGUUAUAGAACCUCAUAAAAUGGCCAAUCCAGUUGUAAGAAGAAAAUUACAUGAUGAUUGGGUUUUAAAGGUGAAAUAUUUUCCUGAUUUAAGAUGUUUUGGUUCAUGUUCACCAAGUAGUAAUCAAUCAUUUGUUUUAGAAGAACUUGAAAGACUUUCUGAUAAUGGUGAAGUAAGAAGUGUUAGUUUAAGUAAAGGUGUUAAUGCAUUUGAUUACUGUGUUCGAGCUAAUAUUAUAGCUACUGGUGGUGUUGAUAAAAUCAUUAGAGUUUGGCAUCCUCAUAUCUGGUCAAGACCAACAGGCAAAUUAUUAGGCCAUUUAUUUACUAUAGUAGAAAUAGUAUGUAAUCAAAAAGAUCAACAUUUAAUUAGUUUAUCUACUGCUAGAGUUUUUAGGAUCUGGGAUAUUCAUACUUUAACAUGUCUUCAGGUUUUUACUGAUAAUGAAGAGAGACCUGGUGAAAAGCGAAUCUAUUCUAUGAUUUUUGAUAAUAAACAUGAAAAAUUAGUCACAGGAUCAAGUGUAAUAGAUGCUUGGCCAUUAACAAGAUCUGUGCAAGAUACAAUGCAGGUACCACAUACACAUGAUAGGCCAGUAACUCAGAUAUUAUAUAAUAAAGAAUUAAACCAGAUUGUAUCAGUUUGUACUGAGUCAGUUAUUAAAGUAUGGGAAAUAGAAAGUGGUAAAUUAGUACAUACUAUAACUGAUUCACAUGGUACUGGUAUAGAAUUAACUAGUAUGACAUUAGAUAAAACAGGCUAUAGAUUAGUCACAGGAGGUUAUGAUGGAUCUAUAAAAGUGUGGGAUUUUGGAUCAGGACAAGAGAUAAAAGGUAAAGAAGGAACUGGGGGUGGUGAAGAAGAUCACAGUAUUAAUGGUUUAGUUUAUUUUAAAUUUGGACAAGAUGAUGAUCAUCUUAUUAUAGCUUCUGGUUUUGAUAAUAAAAUCAAAAUAUUUUCUGACAGUGGUGAUUGUGGUAAAAUAGAAUUUAUACAAGUAUUCAGUGAUAUAUACUAUUUGUCUAGAGAUAUGAGUGAGACUGUAUCUUCUACUGAGUUUAACAAUAGAUCUAUAUUACCUAAUAUAGGCAACUCAAACCCUCAAAUCACUAACAUCAUGAAAAAGGAAAUGAUAUACAAUACUCACAAUAUAACCUGUAUGACCAAUAUAUCAGAGAGUUUAUUUAUAACUGGUUGUAGUAAUGGUAAUCUAGUACUCUGGGAUUUAGAUAAAUCUGUUGUAGAAAAAAUAUUUGAGCUUCCAAUAGAUAUAAAUAAUGGUCAAAGUAAGAGAUCUAAAUUAAAUGGAGAUCAUGCUGUCCACAGUGUUCAAGUUUUGAUAAGAACUGUUCGCAGAUCUGAUUUAGUUAAUUCCAAAUCAAAUGAUGAAAAUACAGGAAGUGAUGUUCACCAUACAACUAGUGUAAAUAAUCAUCACACACCAACCAACCAGGAACCAAGAAGUACCUCUAAUGAAAAUACUAAAGUUUCUGGAGAUUCUCCAGACAAAAUAAAGAAUACCAAUGAAGUGUCUAAUUCUCAACAAACUCAAGCAUUAACUGAAACACCAUCUCCAAGAAAACAAGGUGAAGAUCAAAAAAAGAAAGUAGAUUUUCAUGAUUCACUGUUAGAGGAUAAAAUAAUAGUAGCUAAAUAUGAACCUAUACUAGUCUCAACACACCAAGAUUCCUAUAUCAGAUUCUGGACAUUAAAUGGUGAUUUAUUAAGAGAAAUAUCACCAUUAAGUAAAAGGCAAGGUAUACCUAUAACAACUGUAUGUUGUGAUGAAGAUUGUAAUAUAAUGGUCACUGGUGAUCAAAAUGGUUACCUGACACUGUGGGAUAUUGGUGCAUUUUUAGAAGAACCAGAAUCUGAAGAAUAUGAUUUGAUAAAACAGGUUCUAGGUUGGAGAGGACAUUUAGCUAAAGUUGUGUCACUUGUAUAUAUAGAUAAUAUUAGUGCUAUAGUAUCAGCCUCAGUUGAUGGUUCUGUUAGAGUAUGGUGGGGAAGAAAAGGUAGAUUUGUGGGAUUUUUUAGCCAACCUCGUCCUUUUAAUUUUCCUGUAUCAGAAGAAACUGCAGGACCUCUAGUGUUACCAUAUGAUGUAGUUGAGCCUCCAGUAGCACCUAGCAGAAAAAAGAGUGCAACACAAAGGAUUCGACCUGUGCAGAAAUUUGAAUACCCACUUUUCUUUGAUAAAGCGAGGUGGCAACCAUUUCGUCAUUCAGCUUACAUUAGGACUAAAACUAUCAAACAACAACCAGAAGAUAAGAAAUUCUUUAAAGCACUCGUUAAACCCAGGGCCUAUAAUCAUCAUUUGAAUAGUUCUGUUACUGGAGAUAAAAGACAAGGUGCUGUAUUUAGAGCUCUACCUGUUUAUAGAGUAUAUACACCAGAAAAACCUAAAACUCCAGACAUGAGUUAUAAUUAUGAAGAAGAACAAGGAAAUAUUUUAAAUUUUGGGGCAACUAAUAAUAGGGGAGGUAGAACAAUUGGUAAAGGUGAAAAAAUUAGAUCUCAAUCUCCAAAUAAAUCCAGUAGAAAAGGUGCUUUAUCAAGAAGCAGUGUAGGACAUUAUACCAGUCGUUCCAGUCGAUAUACUACUUCUAGUCUUUCAUCGGCGACCAGAUCUUGACAUUGAAUCAAGUCACAAACAUUGAAACAAACAAUGAAACAAACAUUGAAACAAGGGGAAGACAUUUGAUUAGUUUCGAACUGUGAAACCAAUGACAAAAAUAAACAUUUGAUGAAGUGAAAUUCUUUAAAGGGGCAGUAUACAAAUUUUAUAUUACUGAAAACAUUGUUAAUUAUAUUGUUAGAUACAUUAUUAUUCAUAUAAAUAUAUUUCUAAACACCAACCCAAAAUAUAGCAACAAUGUUUACGUUUAAGCUUUGCCAUUUUAAAAUUAAUGGCAAGAUACUUUAAGUUAAAACUUAUAUAUUAUAUAGAUUAAGGGACACAUUCCUCCAGAUUUUAAUUUAUAGUUUUCAUAAUUUAAAGCAAAAGAAAUUUUCGACCCACGAAAUAAUCAGUUUUAAUUGUUUUGGUAACUGGUGCUGUGUAUUUAUUUGUGAACUGUGAUCUAUUAUUUGUUAUUAUCAUCAUUGAUUUUUUUAUUGUAAAUAAUUGUGAAAAUAAAUUUAUUUAUUUACCAUUG